ACGCGAUUCCGUGAAACUUUAUGUGCAAUAGGUCUGUACUGCAUACCUAUGCGAGAUCGGAGGAGUACCUUUACCAAAGAGUAUAUCAAUAACAUUGUAAAUCCUCUUGGAAACCGUCCGGCCCGAGCAACGGAAAACCAUCAAAUUCCUCGCGUAACGACAGAGGAGCGCGUGGCAAACGCCGAGCCCGCCGAAGAACAAAACAAAACGCAAACGAUGCUGAUGUCGAGCGCCGCCGCCGGAAUCUCAGCCACCACCGAGACCGACGCGCUCGUCGGCGGUCUCGGCGGUCUCGGCGUGCUGGCCGCCACGCCGACCCUAAACGGCACCGGCGUGCAAAACAAAGACACCACAUGGACCAAGCUCUUCGUAGGAGGCCUGCCCUACCACACCAGCGACAAAUCCCUCAGGGACCAUUUCGCCGUCUACGGCGACAUCGAGGAGGCCGUCGUCAUCACCGACAGGCAAACGGGCAAGAGCAGAGGAUACGGAUUCGUGAUAAUGGGCGAUCGCGCGUCGGCCGAAAGGGCGUGCAAAGACCCGAACCCGAUCAUCGACGGUCGCAAAGCGAACGUGAAUCUGGCGAUCUUGGGGGCCAAACCCAGAGGAAACGUCCCGACUGGAUUCACGUUCCCCAGCGUUAGAGCGGGAUACCCGACGCUAUUACCAAGCCAAUACGGGGUACCGCCUGGAUACAUGUACCAGUCGCCUUAUCUGGCCGCAACGGCCCCUGGCAGCUUGGUGCCGCUGCAAACGACGCAGCUGACGCACGCAGCUGCAGUGGCUGCGGCAACGUCGCAGUUCUACGAGUACCAGAACGCGGCUGCGGUGGCGGCCGCCGCGGCGGCGCCCUACACCGGCCAGUACACCAACGGGUUCGAUGCCUAUCCUUACACAGGCGCAGCCGGAGCAGCCAGCUAUAUGCCAUACACUUACGCAGCUUUGCCGCAAACUCCUGGUUUGCCCGCUGGAACGGCCGGAGCGUUCCCUGGUAUUCAAUAUCAAACGGCAGCUCAAGCUCAAACCUUGCAAGAAGCGAGGUUGCAGUAAUUUAAAUGAAUUAAAGAAAACAACAGCAAAAUUGUUUUUUCUCUUGAAUGUGUAGUGAGACUUAGUCAUUGUCAAUAGGUGUAAAACAUUCGAGAAAAGUAAUUUGAGACAUUUUUGAGUAACUGUUCGGAUUGAGGACAAAAAAACUGGUAAUGAAACAUUAAUUUAUUUUUUAGCUACAUAGCAGGUUUUUUUGUUCUUUUGUCUAUUUGGAUAAUUUGUUAAUUUAAUUUAUUCUAGUAAAUAAUUCCAGUAAGUUACCAAUAUAAUGAGUAAUAAGGUAAUAAUGCUCAAUAAAUAUAAACACAGACUUGAAAGAUUGCCCACGCUUUUGCGGAUAGUUUUUGUUAAAUCUGCAAGAGAAGUGCAAUAUAACUAAAGUAAUAAAUUAGCAAAAUCAUAGAUUUUUAAAUAGUUCUAGUCUUAUUAUUAUUACUACUAUUUUAUUAUUAUUAUAUUUGUAUGAUUUUUAAUAUAUUAUUACCGUUAUGAAAUAUAUCUCACUCAAAUGGU